AUGGGCGACUUCAAGGGACUUGAUCUUUCCGGCAAGGUGGCCAUUGUCACCGGCGCAUCAAGGGGACUUGGCGCUGCCAUUGCCGCUCUGCUAGGUAGACGUGGCGCCAACGUCGUCGUCAACUAUGUGUCACCCAGCAGCAAAGAGAGGGCCGAAAAGGUCGCCGCAGAGAUCGAGGCAAACGGGGCCAAGUCCGUCGUGGUGCAGGCGGAUGUCAGCAAACUGGACCAAAUUCCCAGAAUCGUCGAGGCUGCGUUGAAGAUUAGCCCCUCUGGCAAGAUUGACAUUCUGAUUCACAAUGCUGCGCAAGGAAACGAAGCCAACCUGGUCGACACGACCGAGGAAUUCUACGACCGCCAUUUCGACACCAACGUCAAAGGCCCCAUCUUCCUGACCAAGGCCGUCGAGCCGCACAUUGCCAAGGGGGGGCGAAUUGUCUUCAUAUCCUCGGCCGGCGCCCGUCUCGGCGUCGGGGGCCAGACCGUGUACGCGGCGACCAAGGCGGCCAACGAAGCUCUUGCGCGAGUGUGGGCAAAGGAGCUGGGUCAAUCCCAUGGCAUCACGGUCAACAGCGUCAACCCUGGACCGAUUGCGACGGAUCAAUGGUUUCAGAGUGACGAGCAAUUUCUGAAAGAGAUGCAGCCGCUGAUUGACUCAACUCCCGCGGCGGCCCGUGUCGGUGAGGUGGAUGACAUUGCGCCCUUGGUGGCAUUUUUGUGUAGUGAUGAUGCCAGGUGGACUACAGGUGCUACUCUGUCGGCCAAUGGUGGCCUAUAUAACUAG